CCAUUAUCCAAACCAACCGUCAUGCUCUUGACCCCUGAUCCACAACUACGCGUACCAAAGCGAGCUUGGACAAGAAAGGAUCGUCGGUAAACGCCGCAAUGGCCGUCUUAACGACCUCGUCCAUCGGAAGUUUCUCAGCUCUACACACCUUCACCGUAAGAAAAUCCGGUGCUACGAUAGAAACCCCGGGAUUUCGUCUCAGUAAUUUUGCGGUUCAAUCGCAGAAAGGUUCCAACUCGCAAAGUGAAGGUCGAGGCCGUAGAGUCUGGAGACGAAAAAAAUUGACAAAGAAGGAUGACGAGACGAAAUACAGAUUGGAAGAAGUACCUUUCUUGGAAGAGCAUAUGAGGAAGAUAAAAGAAGAUGGGGGUUUGCUGGCGAUGGACAUUGACCGGCUAUUACUGUCCGAGGAAAACCGGUUUGCUUUUGUUAAUGAGAUCGCUGCAGAGGCCAAAGAAUAUGUGGAGAAUAACCGGGAUGAGUACGGCGGCUCAAAGAAAGCCAUCCUUCAUGUUAUCUCUAACCGCAUGAAUGAGGCUGGGUUUGAUCGCCCGGAGGCGUAUAUAGAACCUGACCCUUUCAAGCCCGGUCCAAGUUUUUUGAGGGAUGACCUUUAGUUCUUCAUCUUCAUCACCUUAACGGGGUAACUCAAGAGCUUGUACUCUGCUAGUGAGUACACCUGCAGAGUUUCUCGUGUCCCAAAUUGCAAUUUUACAUCAUUUUACAUCAUGAAUGCACACUUCAAGUGUCAUCUCUUGUCCGCCCGAGUACCUCAUUUCCUUUUAAAUAAAGCAAUA